AUGGACAAAAGCCCAUUGCUGUUGGAAACAAGAAUUCAACAGAAACAACAGGAACUCGAAUCUUAUAAACAGAUCAAGGAGUUAACUUCUGCUCUCGCUGUAUCAUUAUCCAGACUGGAGGAGAAAUUAGCUACCUUAACAGAUGGUACAGAAGCAGUAUCUGUAGUUCUCAGCAACUGGAACCACAUUGUUAAGGCUUCCAGUUUGGCAUCUAUGGGACUUUUCAAGUUUAGUGAGCAAGAUUACGAAAAUAUAGACAAUCCACCCUUGCCUGAAACAUUGGUACGUUUUAGAUUAAAGGAGGAAGCCAGUUCCUCAGAUGUCGAAAACGUUACACCUCAAUCACAACCACCAUCACAGCCACAAUCGUAA